ACACACGCACACACCCACACAGUUUAAUACGCAAGUGUAGGCUUUAGAACAAACUGUAUUUCAAUAAGGGAAGUGUGCGCAGAGUACGAAAUCAGCUAGAACAUUAUGCCUAUACCCAAAAGAGAAUUAAUGUAGGAGUAAUUUAUUUAUGAACACUGCUAGUCGCUCUGGACUGUUAAGGUAAAUGUUACGAGGACCAACAUCUCGCAUGCGCUGUAUACUCGCCAGUUUAAACCAAGGAUGUGGACAGAUGUUAAUCUGAAGAGAGUUGAAACUGAACCGGACGUUUUUUUACAGUGAGCUGAAGAGACUAUCUUUAUCAUUUGAAUGUUGAGACCAAUGAAAUAAUCGGCAUUAUGUUGGAGAAACAGUUUUAGAAAUGGCAACAGCGAAGAAGAAAUGUCAACCACGGAGGAACAACCAAAUCAAGUCUUUCCCACGGUCUCUCUCCUUCCCUCUCUGGGUAGAGGAUGACAGCAGCAGGGUCCACUGGAGACCUCAACUCCGCCUGCAGCACUGACUCCUCCCAAGAACCUGAAACAGCUUACCCACAAACCAGACGGCCAUGCCCAAACUGCUUCCUAAAGCAAGAGGAGGACAAGCGCAAGGUCAAACUCCGUCUCCGCUCUCCUCCUGGGGCGUGGCUGAUGGUGGGUGCUGUCGUUGUGAUGGUGGGAAUGGUGGUGGCCAUAGCCGGGUAUGCUAGCUCCACCUCAAACCCCGUCGGUGGUCGCGUGAGCUCCCACAGUGACCGAAUGAAACUGCUCGGCCCUGUCAUCAUGGGCCUCGGCCUGUUCAUUUUCAUCUGCGCCGGAACAUUACUUUUUGAGAACCGGGACCGUGAGAGCCGAAAGCUUGAGAGCCUCGACAAACUUAAGGAGCAGGGGAAACGCAAAAGGAAGAAGAUGCGGGAACAGUGCCGCAAGAAAUGUGAUCGUGAUGAUGUCGAGCUGGGGAACCAGAGAGAACACUCAGACAGACAUUUGCCUCUCCCUGAGGAAUGCCCACCCCCUGUGCCUCCCAGAGUGCCUAGACAGGGGGGCUCUGAUCUGGAAAUUGUCUCUGAGGGGGAGCUGAGAACCCUGCUGCCCAAUGAAGGACAGCGAUGGAGGCAGGUGGGAGAGGUGGUAGGUAGGGAGGGGCCAGCCCUGCUGACCAGAGUCAUACGCUACCACGACCCCCCCUCCCCUAUUCCCUCCUCUGGGGACUCCGACUCCUGUAAUUCUAGCGAGAUCAACUAUAACGUGCGGACAGGCUCCCCCAUCCACUCUAUUCAUGAACUCUGAGAAACUACAGGACUCACAUUUACACCAGUUUUAGGAUUAAAUCCACCACAUAGAAUGGCCUCCAGGAGUACUGGCAUGCUUGGUUAUGAGAAAAUGUCGUUGUUGUAUAUCAGUUGGAUCUUACACUCAAAAUGUAAAUCAGGAAAAUUUGUUGAAAGGAAAUAUUAUUCUUAAUAAAACAACAUAUAUUU